UUUAUUACAAUUACAAACAUCCUAUUCAACACUUCCGUUACAACAGUACGGAAAUUCCCGUUUAUUUGAGAUAUCCAAACCAAACAAAACCGUAGCGUAACAACGUUGUUUUCUUACUUACUUCAAAUGCCAGAGAAGAACCAACACAGAACAAAAAUAAUAAGCACAUUAUAAAACACAGACUUCACUCUUUUUCCACUCUCUUUCUUUCCCUCCUUCAUUCUCCCCCAACAACUUACACAGUUAACUCCGGUUUUUGGGUUUUCGGAGUUUUCUCAAACCGGUUCAUUUCGGUUUGGUUCAGUUAAACGAUGGAACAAACCACGUUCGAGUCGAUUCAAUUCAAUGAAGAAAUUCAAGGAAUCAUGGCUCCGGCGACGGAAACAGCGAACUCUUUCACCGCACUUCUUGAACUUCCACCGACGCAGGUCGUUGAGCUUCUUCACUCGUCGGAGAUUACCGGAAAACCACCGAAACCCUAUCCACUGACUUGCAACACCGGUAAUUUAACUUUCCCUUCCAACGCCGCGUUGGUUGAACGCGCCGCUAGAUUCUCCGUUUUCGCCGGAGAAAAUUCCACAAACUCGCCGAACUUGCCGCAGGUGAAGGAUGAGCUACCGGAGACUGAAGAAGGUGGAUGUGUCUCUGAUCCAACAGUUGAAAACACGAAUUUCAAGAGUGCGAAGAGGAAGGAACGAGAGAAGAAGGUGAAAUUGUCGUCUAAGAAGAGUAAGAGUAUCGCCGCCGACGAGAAUUCCGGCAACGGCGAGGAGCUUCCGUACGUUCACGUUCGAGUUCGACGAGGUCAAGCUACUGAUAGCCAUAGCUUAGCAGAAAGGGCUAGGAGAGAGAAGAUAAAUGCUCGAAUGAAACUGUUGCAAGAGCUGGUCCCGGGUUGCAACAAGAUAUCAGGAACAGCAUUGGUUUUGGAUAAAAUCAUCAACCAUGUGCAAUCUCUACAGCAUGAAGUGGAGAUUUUAUCAAUGAAACUGGCAGCAGUUAACCCAAUAAUUGAUUUCAACCUUGACAGCAUAUUAGCUGCAGAAGGAAUGUCUCUCAUGGACAGUAACUUCCCUAACACAGUUUCACCCGCUGUGUGGCCAGAAAUCCCACACAAUGGAAACAGACAGCAAUUUCAGCAAUCGUGGCAAUCUGAUGCAUUCCACCAACCACUUUGGGGGAGAGAAGAAAACAACCCUAAUUUCAUAACCCCAGAAAACUCACUUCUAAGUUAUGACUCAUCGGCAAAUUCAGUAUCUCUGCACUCAAAUCAGAUGAAAAUGGAGCUAUGAAGGGGUACAGAAGCAGUGGUAAUAGUAGCAAUUAGUCUAGUAGUGUAUAUAACAAAUAUAGUUUUAGAAAUUAGCCUUGAUUUGAGCAGGCACAACAUUCAGCAGGAUCUCAUUGUCCUCUGUUAGUCAGAGUCGUCGGUUGGAAAACCUGGAUUUUAUUCAGCCAACAGGGUAGCAAGGAAGAAGAAUUCGUAUGAUAUUUAUUAUAUAUUAAUUAAUAUCAGUAUGUAUACUAACUAUAGGGGUCAUUCAGUCUUAGGUGAUUGAUUGAUUCAGAUUGUAAAAUCAUUGAACGGACUGUUAUUGAACUAUCAUUGAAGUUUGUUGCUUUGUUCACUGAAUGCUACUUCUGAAGAUUUUCAAUGGCUAGAUUUCUUAUAUUAUGACAAGUA